UAUUUUGGUGAAACACACCUUCCAUGGCUGUCAAACAGCAGGCGUCCCAGAUUAGCUCUAACGCGUCUCCUUCAUGAAAGCUGUGUUUGUUGUGUUUUAGCAGCCGUUUCGCAGAUGUAAGGUGAUGUCGGACAAGCGUCAGCGUGCCAGAGUCCAGGGCUCCUGGGCCAAACAACUGCCGAAACACACAAGGCCAACAGGUGCAGUUCCAAACAACUGUCAACCCAAAAAUGCCAGCUCUGCUCCUGGUUCUUGGGGAUGUGGACCACAAAAGACACCUAAAACAUUUGAGUUUCAUCAGCCUGCUAAGCCAGUUAGAGAUGUUCCACCAGAGAAGGUGAUAGAACAGGCAGGUGGUCAUGAGAUCAGCCAUGGGCCAUCAGGAGUGUCCAGACUGCAGCUGCUGCCUGGGUUUCUUCCCCCAGAGGAGGCUGACUGGAUGUUCAGUAAGCUGUUAGCAGAGCUUCCCUGGUCCCAGAAGACCAACUACAGACAGGGUGAGGCAUACGAGGAGCCCAGGCUCACCUGCUGGUAUGGAGAGUUGCCCUAUACGUACGCCCGCUCCACCAUGGCUGCCAACUCACAGUGGCAUCCAUUGCUGUUAACCCUUCGCGAGGCAGUGGAGCAGGCGACCGGAUGCAAAUUCAACUCCCUGCUGUGUAACCUGUAUCGGGACGGCCAUGACAGCAUCGGCUGGCACAGUGACGAUGAGGCGUCUUUGGGUGACAAACCCACCAUCGCUUCCCUCAGUCUGGGGGACACCAGAGUCUUCAGCCUCCGAAAGCAGCCUCCACCGGAGGAGAACGGUGACUACACUUACGUGGAGCGGAUUCGGGUUCCUCUGAGUCACGGGACACUUCUGCUAAUGGAAGGAGCCACGCAGGACGAUUGGCAGCAUCAAGUAGCGAAAGAGUACCACGACAGAGGUCCACGCAUCAACUUGACCUUCAGAACUAUCCAUCCAGAGCCAGAGGGCCACAGGCCGGGGACCAAGCUUCGCUUCACUGCCAAACAACAGUAAACUCCCCUCAGUCAGGUACUUAAGCCUCAGGAAACACUGUGUCCAGACGGUGGUUAGGCGUUUCAAACACUGAUCCAGUCAGUUCUAGAUCUGAUAGCUGUCGCUGGAGUGUGAGCCAUGCUGAGGCUAAUAGACGAUGGAGAUAUUUUGCCAAACAUGGCAAACGUCAUCGUCCUUCUCAGUUAGCUUGCAAGCAGUUUCAGCUGUUUGAACCAAGAAUUGUAAACACACCACUUAGUUACCGACCGCAAUAUGAAUUACAGCUUCCUCCAGCUUAAACAGGGAGAUUUGCAGCUCUGCCUGAAUUCACCUGUUGCAUAAGCGAAGCAUAAUAACACCUCAGUCGUGACCAGUGGUGAUUAUCAGACAUCAGUGUUUUCAGAGAAGCUGAGCAGAAGAAUGGAUGAUAAUAAGGGUGUUUAGGCUUGACAAAAUGUCAUCUCUGAAUAUUACUUUAUGUAGCUAUUCAGCACAGCACAUUUCAGACAAUAAUUUGAUUAUGUUUUGGGUUUUUGUGUGGGUGUAACUCAGCAACCAGCACUGAGGUGCCACUGAGCAUGGCACUUAAUGCCACACUACUUUUGUUGCUUGCAGUAAAAGUCUGGUUUGUAUUAGGGCUCCCAGGUGGCAACGAUGUGGUAUAAACAGAAUGCAUGUCUGUAUCUUUACAUUUGCCAUGGUGAGACACUCCUAUUUAAGUUUUUUAUUUUGUUUUGGUUUGGUUUUUUUGGUCAAACUACGACAGACAGAGUCCUGAGUCCUCACUGUACCACAGGCCACUGUUGUGAGCCUUAAAAAUGUAAACAAUUUCCUGUCUUGUUUAUCUUGGGCAGAUUUUUGGAAAGAGCAUAGUUGCUAUAAAAAGAGAAAGAACAAGUAAAGUGGCCACUCAAGCCAAUAACAGUUCCAUCUGGACUAGGAUUAGUUAAUGAACAAGAUUUGACCAGUCCCUCAAAGAAGUAUCUCAAGUUUUUAAUAAACAGGAAACUUGUUGGUGACACUUAGAGGAGCUAUUAGCAAAAUCAGCAACCCAGUCAGCCUGUACUGUGUAGUGCACUUUGAUUUUCCAGUAGAUUUAAGGUACUAAAUCCACACAUGCUUCAGUCAGGGAAACAUGCAGACAUGACACAGUUGUAACAAGUGGGACAACAGUACUCAUGUAACUGGCAUAUUAGCAGAGAAAGUUUUUGUGUCCUAUUCCAACAUGAUCUGAUAUCUGAAAUUGAGUAAACUGGGGGACGUACAUGUGUCAAAGGGGGAUGCAGACUACUUUAACAGCCCACAUGAUUGGACAUUCUGUUUAUUUUGUAACACUAAAGAGAUUCAUGAGUUCUUGAUUGCUGUUGUGAAAUAAAAAAAAUGUUGGAAUGUGGAAAUAUUGUGUCAUAUGUUCCAAAAACAGAUUUUUUUCCAUUAAACAUAACAUACAAAUGUUAAUUAUUAGCAGCACUGCACUUCAUCAAAAUUCAAAAAAGUUCAAAUAAAAUACCAGGUUGUGACAGG